AAUACACAAAUGAAGGUGAGCUGUAGAACCCAGCAGAGUUCAGUAAAAUCAGGUUGGAUUAUUUAAUUCUAGUAGUGAAACGUGUUUAUUUAUUCGAGUUAAUUAAUUCUAUGCUAACUUUUGUGAACAACUUCAGUAUCACCAAUGACUUGAUAUGCAUUUUACGCUGACUAAUCAAUUUAUUAACGAAUUUAUUGUGCCAAAAGUUUGAGAGAGCGAUUUGUGAGACUGUAAUUAUCGUGAGAAAAGGGUCAACGACAAGGUUGCAAGAGUAGCAUUGUAAAAAAUAAAGAAUGGCAAGUAAUACAGAAGUUUGGAUCCAAUGGUUCACGUGUUGUUUAACUCAACAAGGACCAACAACAAGAAAUAAAAGACAAAGACCUCAACACAGGUUAAGGAUAGAUCGGAGUAUGAUUGGAGCACCGACGAACUUUCAACACACUGGACACAUUGGCAGUGGAGACCUUGAUAUGGAAAGUGCACAUUUGUCGGUCAUUCAACAUCAAAUGCAAGGAAAGGGUGGUUACGAAGCGUCCUUUGGGGUUAAGGCUUGUUGAAAGAUCUGUGGACAUUAUAGAAGUAACUCUUGAUUAUUGAAAAAAUAGUGGGCUAGAUCUCUCUCGUGUUGACUAAGACAUGGAUUUAACCGCACUUUCAUUUGAUGUAUAUAAAUAAAACUAGGAUUCAGUGAGUAUUGCGAGAGACUGCUUCAAUAUAAGGAGAUCGUGCUAUCGAUUACAUUAUUACUAAAAAAAAAGGGGGGGUGAACAACCUGAAUUUUUCAUUACGUUGUGACCCUUAUUAAUUUUAAAAGCUUUAUUAUUUAAUUAUUUUUUUGCAUAUUUUAUUUGAAUAAAAAUUAGCAAAUUCUGUUCCAAGCUUGUGCCUUUUCUACAAAACAUAGACUGUUUAUUAAGCAGACUUUUUUUUCUAUUCAUUUUGACAUUGUGAUAAGCUGCAUUUUUACUCCUCUAUACCACAAUUAUCUACUGCCAUUAAAGAAUUGCACAAGCUUACUAAUAACAUGAUUAGUUGAAACACAAUCAGUAAAAGUUUUCAACUUUACUUAGCUUUAUACUUAACUUGUGCGUAAAUACUUAUUUAUUAUCGACUCUUAUCUCAUGUAUAGUUUUACAAUUAUAAAUAAUUACUUAUUAAGUAAAAUAGAUUUUCAUCAUCAAGAUAUUUUUAAUUUUGUAGAGAGUCGUAAAAUAUCAGUGCAAUAGGGAAAAAAGUGAUAGUUUAAAGUACAUUCAUUCACUUGAAUAAAUAAUACAAAACAAUGUUCAAAAA